AUGUACGAUGGUGAAACCCUUCAGGCAACAAAGCGGCACCGAAACAAAAAAGACAAAAGACGACAUAAUGUAGUGGGUGAUAGGGCAGCAAAAGCAGGGACUCCAGGAGCUGCGUUGAAAAGUCUAGAACGCAAAAACAAGUUGAAAGCAUUUGAUCCCAGUCUCAGCCAUGGGUUGAGCAUAUUUAUGUGCAGUCAGAUGCAGAAAGUUUUAGAUCCGUCCUCCUUUGUCAAAUCGGCUCGAUCAGAGCGAGUGAUAGGGGCUUUUCAAGGGCAGCAGCGCAGCAGCGCACUACACAUCGACCCAGAAAACGCAUACGCGAGGAAAAUAGUUGUGUCGAUUUGA